AUGUCUGCCAACAUCUCCACCGUCUCGGCCAAGGAUGCUUGCCCGCCUGCGGGCCCCUAUUCCCAGGCUAUCCGUGCCAACGGCCAGGUUUUCGUUUCCGGCCAGAUCCCCGCCGACGCCUCGGGCAACCUGGUCGACGGGAGCAUCAGCGACAAGACUCAGGCCUGCUGCGACAACAUCAAGGCCAUCGUCACCGCGGCCGGCUCCAGCGUGCAGAAGAUUGUCAAGGUCAACGUCUUCCUCACCGACAUGGCCAACUUCGCCGAGAUGAACGCCACCUACGAGAAGUUCUUCACCCACAAGCCAGCGCGGAGCUGUGUCGCUGUGGCGCAGCUGCCCAAGGGCGUGCCCGUCGAGAUUGAGUGCAUUGCUCUGGAGUAA